AUGACAGCCAUCGACUUGGAGACAUAUCCGUUGCACAAGGCUGCAUUUUUCAAUGACGUACACUCGAUAUCACAGCUCAUCAAAGCGGGUCGUAGUUUAUACGAACAGGAUAUGCAUGGGAAUACAGCGCUUCAUAUUUCAACAAUGCUUGGUCAUCGAGAGGCUACUGCGCUAUUGCUGGCUCAUAAUGCACCCGUGAAGGUGAAAAAUUGUGAUGGAUGGAACCCACUGAUGGAGGCGGUCAGUUAUGGUGAUAGACAGAUAAUAACGGAGAUGCUGCGGAAACUGAAAGCCCAAUCUCGUAUGGGAAUGACUAGUCGUAAAGCGCAUCUCAUCAAAAUGUUGGAGGAUAUCGGAGAUUUUUAUCUCGAAUUGAAGUGGGACUUCCAAAGUUGGAUUCCUCUGCUUUCACGAAUGCUCCCAUCUGAUGUGUGUCAGAUAUAUAAAAAAGGUACCCAGUUGCGUAUGGACACGACACUGGCAGAUUUCAAUGAACGCCGAUGGGAGCGCGGUGAUAUAUCCUUCGUUUUUAAUGCCAAGGCUAAGUACGAGUCCGAUGAGCUUAUUAUCAUGGACAACAAUGCAAAGGUGUUCCAACGAGUACGUCAUGAGGAAUCUGAGGCCGAAGUCGAUGAAGAAGUGGAUGUGUUGAUGUCGUCGGAUAUCGUUUCAGCUCAGGAGCAAAUUGGUGACUAUAAUGUCAAUUUCUAUCUGGUAGAAGGAAUGAGAUUAGUAUCACGAAAGAGACGGGAGCAUCUGACUGCUGAUGAUAUUAAAAAGAACAAAUCUUUCAUGCAAUCGUUGGCAAGUGGUGCUGCUGUGGGUGAUGAGGAUUUCAAGAGCCUUCAACAUCGGAAGUCGUUAGCACCACCUGGUCGAAUGCCAACAACUUGGGAGGAAUAUGUGGGUGCCGCGCCUGGAGCCGCCCCACCUCUCGGAAGGGCACAAAUCUUGAAACAGAAUGAAAAACAAUUCACCCGCUUCUUAUUGGAAUGGAGCGAAGAUUUCCCCAUGGGAAUAGAUGUUCUUCUCGAUAUUCUCGAAAUUGUCGCACCAUUUAAGCAUCUCGAUAAAUUGCGGCGUUUCUGUGAAGCAAGACUUCCGCCUGGUUUCCCUGUGCGUGUAGAGAUUCCCUUGCUCCCUACGAUAUCAGCGAAGGGUCACUUUUCCAAAAGCUCAAAUUUGUGGGACUAA